UAGCGAAAGGUUUAAGUCUUCCAGAAUGAACGCAGUUGGCAUUUUCGUAAUAUUUCUGGCGUUUUCCCUUGGUGCGAAUAUUCCUCCAAAACCAUGCCCAGUGGAAACAAAUUGCGGUGAGGUGAAUGAGACAAGUUCCAUUUGCGGAUUGGAUGAGGAAAUGGGUUGUAUACGAAAAUUUCCAACCAAGUGUCAUUUGGAUACAGCAUUUUGCGUUGAAGGGAAAAAUUUCACCGACUUUAAUGAGGAAUAUUGCUCAAUGGAAUCGUAUCUCUGUGAAAUUUCACCCACAUACGAACGCUGGACCAUUUUCUUCGGGAAUGAGAAUUAAUUAUAAUUGAAAGUGCUAAAAGU